AUGGCAGCGUUAAAGUUGCUUGCUAAAAUAUGGAAACAACUGCAAGAAGAUCCACCCGAAUGUUUCAGUGUGAGUCCUGUUGAUGGUGACUUGUAUCAUUGGAAAGGAAUACUUUUUGGUCCGAAAGAUACUCCGUACGAAGGCGGCAUGUUUAAAGUUGAUAUACAGAUGGAUGAAACGUUUCCAUUCAAACCACCAGCAAUUCGAUUUGAAACAAAAAUUUAUCAUCCGAAUAUCAGUUCGACUGGUGACGUUUAUCUUGACGUACUUGAUUCACAGUGGUCGCCAGCUUUAUAUCUUCGAGCAACUUUAAUAUCUGUAUGUGCACUGAUUGGUAGUCCAAAUGGUCAUGUAAGCAUUGAUCCAGAAAUCGGGCGUAUGUGUGUUAAUGAAAGAGAAAAAUUUGAUCAAAUUGCACGAGAAUGGACAUUGAUGUACGCUGUGCACUGUUAA